AGCUCCCUUCCUCUUUCCUCCGACGUCCUUCCUUCUCCUUUUCUCCACUCCCCACCUCCCCCCACCCCCUUUUCCCCCUCCCCAGAUAAGCAGCUUCGGGAAACAAAGAGCGCGGGCUCUCCAGGCAUCAGCGCUUAAGCCCUGCACCAGGCUAGCGGCGUCUCAUUCCGGGGACCAGAGCUUUCCCCGCUCCACAUCUCCUCCCCAACGUCCCCCGCCUCCCGCGCUCGCUCGCUCGCUCCCUCCCGCUCGCUGCCUCCCCCACCUUCGCGGCGCUGGGAGGAAGGCAGCCGGGGCUCAAGAUGGCUUUAGCCGGGCUCUGCGCCCUGCUCGCCUACUGCUGGGGGCCGGCGGCGGUGCUGGCCACGGCCGCGGGCGACGUGGAUCCUUCCAAGGAGCUGGAGUGCAAGCUGAAGAGCAUCACGGUGUCGGCGCUGCCUUUCCUGCGCGAGAACGACCUGAGUAUCAUGCACAGCCCCUCGGCCUCCGAGCCCAAGCUCCUCUUCUCGGUACGCAACGACUUCCCGGGAGAAAUGGUCGUGGUGGACGACCUGGAGAACACGGAGCUGCCCUACUUCGUGCUGGAGAUCUCAGGGAACACGGAGGACAUCCCUCUGGUGCGCUGGAGGCAGCAGUGGCUGGAGAAUGGCACUUUACUUUUUCACAUCCACCACCAAGACGGUGCCCCAAGCCUCCCUGGACAAGACCCAACCGAAGAACCCCAGCGUGAGUCAGCAGAAGAGGAGCUGAGAAUCCUCCACAUCUCAGUCAUGGGUGGCAUGAUAGCGCUGUUGCUGUCCAUCUUGUGCCUCGUGAUGAUCCUGUACACUCGCCGGCGCUGGUGCAAGCGCCGCCGGGUCCCCCAGCCCCAGAAGAGUGCCAGCGCUGAGGCUGCCAAUGAGAUUCACUACAUUCCUUCUGUGCUGAUCGGCGGGCACGGGCGGGAGAGUCUGCGCAAUGCCCGCGUGCAGGGCCACAACUCCAGCGGCACCCUGAGCAUCCGGGAGACACCCAUCCUGGAUGGCUACGAGUACGACAUCACUGACCUGCGCCACCACCUGCAGAGGGAGUGCAUGAACGGAGGGGAGGACUUUGCCAGCCAGGUUACCCGCACCCUCGACUCCCUGCAGGGCUGCAACGAGAAGGCAGGGAUGGACCUCACGCCAGGAAGCGACAAUGCCAAGCUGUCGCUGAUGAACAAGUAUAAAGAUAACAUCAUUGCUACCAGCCCCGUGGACUCCAACCACCAGCAGGCCACUCUGCUUUCUCACACCUCCAGUAGCCAGAGAAAGAGGAUCAACAACAAAGCAAGAGCUGGUUCCGCCUUCCUGAACCCUGAAGGGGAUUCUAGCACAGAGGCAGAAAAUGACCCCCAGCUGACCUUUUACACUGACCCCUCGCGGAGCCGAAGGCGCAGUAGAGUGGGCUCUCCCCGAAGUCCUGUGAAUAAGACCACCUUGACAUUGAUCAGCAUCACCAGCUGCGUGAUCGGUCUUGUGUGUUCCUCUCACGUCAGCUGCCCUCUCGUUGUCAAAAUCACCCUGCACGUCCCCGAGCACCUGAUCGCUGAUGGGAGCCGCUUCAUCUUGCUGGAGGGGAGCCAGCUGGAUGCCAGCGACUGGCUGAACCCUGCCCAAGUGGUUCUCUUCUCUCAGCAGAACUCCAGUGGGCCCUGGGCCAUGGACCUUUGUGCCCGGCGGCUCCUGGACCCCUGUGAACACCAGUGUGACCCCGAAACUGGGGAAUGCCUCUGCUACGAGGGUUACAUGAAGGAUCCAGUGCACAAGCAUCUUUGCAUUCGGAAUGAAUGGGGAACCAACCAAGGGCCUUGGCCUUAUACAAUAUUUCAGCGAGGCUUUGACCUGGUUUUGGGAGAACAACCUUCUGAUAAAAUAUUCAGAUUCACCUACACCCUCGGGGAGGGCAUGUGGUUGCCCCUCAGCAAGAGCUUUGUGAUUCCACCAGCUGAACUGGCCAUCAACCCCUCAGCGAAGUGUAAGACAGACAUGACAGUGAUGGAGGAUGCUGUGGAGGUCAGAGAGGAGCUGAUGACCUCAUCCUCCUUUGACAGCCUGGAGGUCCUCUUAGAUUCCUUUGGACCAGUCCGUGAUUGCAGCAAGGAUAAUGGGGGCUGCAGUAAGAACUUCCGUUGCAUCUCAGAUCGCAAGCUGGACUCCACUGGUUGCGUGUGCCCAUCCGGACUCAGCCCCAUGAAGGACAGCUCUGGUUGCUAUGACCGCCACAUCGGGGUGGACUGCUCUGAUGGCUUCAACGGUGGCUGUGAGCAGCUGUGUCUGCAGCAGAUGGCGCCCUUCCCGGAUGACCCCGCUGUGUACAACAUCCUCAUGUUCUGCGGGUGCAUCGAGGAUUACAAGCUUGGUGUAGAUGGACGCUCUUGCCAGCUCAUCACAGAGACCUGUCCAGAGGGAGGUGACUGUGGGGAAAGCAGAGAGCUCCCCAUGAACCAGACCCUCUUUGGGGAGAUGUUCUUUGGUUACAACAACCAUUCCAAGGAAGUGGCUGCUGGACAGGUGCUGAAAGGAACAUUCAGGCAAAACAACUUUGCUCGAGGUUUAGACCAGCAACUGCCAGAUGGUCUUGUGGUGGCCACUGUCCCCCUGGAGAAUCAGUGCCUGGAGGAAAUCUCAGAACCAACCCCGGACCCAGACUUCUUGACUGGGAUGGUGAACUUCAGUGAGGUGUCCGGAUACCCCGUCCUGCAGCACUGGAAGGUCCGCUCUGUGAUGUACCACAUCAAACUCAAACAAGUGACCGUCUCUCAGGCCCUCAGCAAUGCUCUCCACUCCCUAGACGGGGCUACAUCUCGUGGGGAUUUUGUAGCCUUGUUGGACCAGUUUGGCAACCAUUACAUCCAGGAAGCUAUCUACGGCUUUGAGGAAUCCUGCUCUAUCUGGUACCCAAACAAGCAGGUCCAGCGGCGACUCUGGCUGGAAUACGAAGACAUCAGCAAAGGCAACUCCCCAUCCGACGAGUCAGAGGAGCGGGAAAGAGACCCCAAGGUGCUGACAUUCCCAGAAUACAUUGCCAGCUUGUCAGAGUCUGGCACCAAGCGCAUGGCGGCUGGAGUCCGCAUGGAGUGCCAGAGCAAGGGACGGUGCCCCUCGUCCUGCCCCCUGUGUCAUGUGACAUCCAGCCCUGACACCCCUGCCGAGCCAGUUCUGCUGGAGGUGACCAGAGCAGCCCCCAUCUAUGAACUGGUCACCAACAACCAGACGCAGAGGCUCUUGCUGGAGGCCACCAUGAGCUCCCUCUGGUGCUCCGGGACCGGAGAUGUCAUCGAGGACUGGUGUCGAUGUGACCCCACCGCUUUCGGAACUGAUGGACUCCCUGCCUGUGCGCCUCUCCCACAGCCCGUGCUCAGACUCUCCACGGUUCAUGAGCCCAGCAGCACCCUCGUGGUCCUGGAAUGGGAACACUCAGAGCCUCCAAUCGGCGUGCAGAUUGUAGAUUACCUCAUCCGUCAAGAAAAGGUCACUGACAGGAUGGACCAUUCCAAGGUGGAGACAGAAACGGUGCUGAGCUUUGUUGACGACAUCAUCUCCGGAGCGAAGUCUCCUUGUGCGAUGCCCUCUCAGGUCCCGGACAAGCAGCUCACCACCAUCUCUCUGAUCAUACAAUGCCUGGAACCUGACACCAUCUACAUGUUCACCCUGUGGGGAGUGGACAACACAGGACGACGCUCCAGGCCAAGUGACGUGAUCGUGAAGACCCCUUGCCCAGUGGUGGAUGAUGUCAAAGCCCAAGAAAUAGCAGACAAGAUCUACAAUCUCUUCAAUGGCUAUACCAGUGGGAAGGAGCAGCAGACCGCCUACAACACCCUCCUGGAUCUGGGUUCCCCCACCCUCCAUCGAGUCCUCUACCACUAUAACCAGCAUUACGAGAGUUUUGGAGAAUUCACCUGGCGGUGUGAGGAUGAAUUAGGCCCCAGGAAAGCUGGCCUCAUCCUUUCUCAGCUUGGGGAUCUCAGCAGUUGGUGCAAUGGACUCCUUCAGGAACCCAAGAUAAGCUUGCGACGCAGCUCCCUUAAGUACCUGGGCUGCCGCUACAGCGAGAUCAAGCCCUACGGACUUGACUGGUCAGAGCUUAGCCGGGACCUUAGGAAGACGUGUGAGGAGCAGACCCUGAGCAUCCCUUACAACGGUUAUGGGGACAGCAAAGACAUCUAGCGCCAUGAUGCCAGAGAGCAGCUGCCAAAAGGAAGCAGGAGAGAGGAGGGGAAAUGUCUGGGUUUCUGUGUGGAUUUUUAAUGUUUUUAAGGGAACGUUCAAACCUCCACAGGCAACAUCUAAACUAGCGAGAAGGUGAUCCUUGCUUCCUGCAGAACUUCUCGGGUAUCAUGUUCUCCAUCUGUGUGGUCAGUAAGCCUGCUAGCCAGGGCUUCCUAAAUUUCUUCUUAGGGAAAUUACUUUGGGGCUUGUUUUGCGGUUAAUUUGUUUUGUUCAUUUUUUGUCCAAGAGGUUCAUCAAAAUGCUCGGGUUCUGCCAUGCUUCUCAUGAAAGGGCCAUUAGGUUGGUGCACCCUGUGCUCACUGAGUUCCUAUGUCCCUUGCACCUGGGGACAGAGAUGAGGCCAGAAAGUUGUAGAGUGGCCUCAGACCCCAGCCUCAGAUGUCCUAGGGAAGCUCUCACACUAAGACCCUAAGCUCUGCUCACAGAGAACAACAGCAAGAGAACUGGGAAGGUGGCCCCUGUGUAGGUCUCAUGGUUUCCGCCCCCGGCCUUCCGAUUGCUAUCUUCACACUGCAGAGGUGAACUUCGCCUCCAUUAUGGGCCCCGGUCGGCCUCCUGGAUUUUUAAGGGAAUUUUAAGGGAAUUAAAUCUCCUUCUGGAAGAACUCUGCCUUCUCCUCUGAACAAUAUAUCUUUAAGAGGCAAUAAAAUGCUACCUGUCUAAUGCACCUGCAGAGCAGUCUACCUGGGAGUCUGGUUAGCAGUCCACGUUCUCGAAAAAAAAAUGUAGUUUCUUCUUUUAAAAAGCUCCUGCACCUCCAGGGUGAACUUCUGCAGACCAGUAGUGCAUGUCGCAUGCCCGGAUUCUCUGUGGUGUCUGCGCCGCUUACCUUGCACAGAUCCGUCCUGGCUGAUGUCCGCUCUGGUCAGGACGGGUCAAGGCCUCCAUGUCAGUGUUUUAGUGAACUCAAGUUAUUACCCAUCACAAAACACUUCCGUCCAUUCUCCCCUUUGCCAAAUUUGCUUAGUUAUGUUGCUAGUUUUGCAAAUCAUUUCUCUGGGUGAGGAUUCUAUUUUCACCCCCCAUCUAGUUGCCAGGAGCAGCAGAGGUUCCGUGUGGGUGAGCUCCCCUGACCACAGGUAAGGGCCAGGCCACUGCUUCUGCCCCGCUCCCCGAGCAUUGGCACUGGCACAAGUGGGGGCCUGGCCAACGGGAAGUCCAGCCUCUCAGAAAGAGCUCUGCAGAGCCCUGUGGACCAGCAAUGGCCUUAAUUGUCCUCACACACCUCAGAGGCCUGGACACACACGUUCAGCCACCCUGCCUUUGACCAGGGCUCCUCAUUUGGAAACACAAGAGAAAGGUCAGGAAGGAGAUGCAGAAUCUAUAAGGCCUGUCAUUGAGCCGUAUUGAAUUUUUUCUAAGUGGUUAGAAUGACAGAGCUUGUUUAUUGAGUGCUUACUGUGUGCCAGACGCUGCUCUAAGCACUUUACAUAACGCUGAAUUCUAGCAACAGCUCGUUUCUUACCUACCUGAACCACCAUUUGAAUUCAGGCUGUCGGACUCCAGAGCACAGGAUUUUAACCCCUCGCCCUCCUCAGCUCUGCUUUCCAUGUUGCCUGGACGCGCAGCUCUCCCUGGCCCCUGCCUCCGUGGCACAGAUAUGCCUGCAGUGCGUUGCAGUGGGAGGAGGGCACAGUGCAUCCUAACCCUGCAGCCGGGGCGUCCUUUGGGACCACGGAUCUGCAGCACAAGCCUUCUCCCCGCCAGUGCCUGAGAGUGAGCCUGUGGCAGGGCUGCAAGCACAGGUGACCUCACGCCCCUCUCUGCAUCUUUCUGCAGAAAGAUGGAAAGACAGUAUAUCGACUCUGGAAUGCAGCCCCCUCAGUUCCAGAGCAAAGGCUGGCAGAAAACUGAGACCCACCUGGGGUCAAUGCCGGGCGGUGGGUGAAAUGCCUCAGAAGCCAGUGUCUCACCUUGACCGAAGAGGAAGGGGUACAGGAGGCAGCAGUGGGACCCCAGCCAAUGGGGCGGGGCCUUGGUGAGAGCUGGUUUUGCCGCUGCUGCUCCUUUAUUCAAGUCUGCACAGAAAGCUGGAUCUGCACAGCAGAGGACCAGGACCUUGGGCCAGAGAGGGGGGCCAGGGAGUGGCAUCAGGGACACCGUUCCCUGUCCCUCCUUCUGUGUUAUUAAAAUAAAGCACGCUCACGCUUUCCCUCCCUCCUGCCGUCUCCCCCCAGGUCCAUCCUCAUCUUUGUCUGCUUCUCCUGCCUGAUACCCUUCCUGCUUAGCCCCGUCCUUCUCCCUCCUUCAGUGUGCCCUGUGCCCUCCACACCUACACACAGUAUGUGCACACACAGCACACACUCUGCACAGGAUAUACACACACUACCCACACAGUACACACUCGGCAGAGAGUAUAUACACAUAUUACACACACACUACAUGUGCACACACUACACACACGCUCUACAAACUGCACAGUGUAUACACAUACUGCACACACACAACACACACACUACACAC